CGGAGGGCCGACGCUACCCGGAAGCCCAGGGUGCUCGGCCGCGCCGAGAGCGAAGAAGGGCCGCAAGGGUGGCCGGGUCGACGCUGGGCGGCCCCGGGGGCGCGUGGGCUGCUGGGAGUUGUAGUUCGAGCUGCUCUAGGUUCUCGGACGUGGAGACGCCCCAAAACCCAGGGUUGCCCUCCGCCUGCCCUUGCUAGUGCCCGGCCGCAGGGGAGCCGUUAUCGGCUGCCGUUAAGGACCGUUACCAUUCCCGGGUGCGCGGUCCGCUGUCUUUCCUACGUGGCCCCGCGGCAGCAGGCCUCCAUCCCCAGCGAAGAUGUUCCUGGUGGGGCUAACGGGGGGCAUCGCCUCUGGCAAGAGCUCGGUGCUGCAGGUCUUCCAGCAGCUGGGCUGCGCUGUCAUCGACGUGGACGUCAUUGCCCGGCACGUGGUCCAGCCUGGGUACCCGGCCCACCAGCGCAUCGUGGAGGCCUUCGGCCCUGAGAUCCUGCUGGAGAACGGGGACAUCAACCGCAAGGCCCUGGGGGACCUGGUCUUCAAACAGCCCGACCGGCGCCAUCUGCUCAACACCAUCACACACCCCGAGAUCCAGAAGGAGAUGAUGAGGGAGACCGUCAAGUACUUCCUCCGGGGGUACCGCUACGUGAUCCUGGACAUCCCCCUGCUGUUUGAGACCAAGAAGCUGCUCAAGUACUUGAAGCACACAGUGGUCGUGUACUGUGACCGCGACACGCAGCUCGCCCGGCUCAUGCGGCGGAACAGCCUGAGCCGGGAGGACGCAGAGGCCCGGAUCAACGCCCAGCUGCCCCUGAAGGACAAGGUGCACUUGGCCGGGCACGUGCUGGACAACUCGGGCGAGUGGAGCCUCACCAAGCGCCAGACCGUGCUGCUGUAUGCCGAGCUGGAGCGCUCGCUCGAGUACCUGCCACUGCGGCUCGGCAUCUUGGCGGGCCUGGCCUGCGUCAUCAGCCUCCUGCACCUGCUGGCCCGCUGCCUCAUGGCCCACGCGCCUGCAUAGGCGCCCGGGGACCCC